GUUUUUGAACAGAACGUUGUCAGCAAGAUGAGUGGAAACCUUGACCUGGCGUUUGUCUUGGACUGCACCUUGUCUAUGACCAAUCACAUACGUAAGGCAAGAGAGAGGAUAAGUGACAUUGUGACAUCUAUUACAAGAGCUCAGAACAGCGGAUCAUCCGAUGUCCGUCUCGCCCUGGUUCAAUUCCGUGACCAUCAUCGUUCCUCAGACUAUCUGGUUAAAGUUCAGGACUUUACCAAUUUAAAAGAGAUGAAACAGGCGCUUGACAACUGUGCUGUAGGAUCGGGACAUGACUUUCCAGAGGGAGUCACUUGUGGAUUAGAGAGAGCAGUCAAACUCGAUUGGCAGUCUGAGUCGCGUAUAUGUGUUCUGGUGACGGAUGCGCCUCCGCAUGGACUUGGUGAUGCUCAUAUUGCGGACGAUUAUCCGAAUGGUUGUCCAGAUGGCCAUGAUCCUAUACAACUUGCCAACGUUCUCGGUGAGAAAGGCAUUACACUUCACUUGCUCGCAGUCAAAACAAAUAGAUGGCAAGAGUUUUACAUGGCCCUGACUUGGAUAACAGGGGGACUAUACAUACCAUUGGCGAGUGCUGGCAACAUGGCUGAUAUCAUUAUCGGUUCCGCAAAAGAAGCCAUGUCAUUGCAGAAGUUAAAGAAAACGGUCAAAGACAAGGUGAAGAAGAACAUCGAUCCAUUUUCUAAGGAAAUGAAUCCGAAGCUGGUCUCUGAGGAACUUCAUAAACAGCUGGAGGAACAAGGAAUAAAGGUGUUUCAGCUUAAUUUCCCUGACGGUGACUUGCCAAAGAUGACAGGACGAGCAAAACGAUAUGCCCGAUUUGACCAGCUGUCUGAGAUCAAACCUCUAUUCCGCGUUUAUGAUGGAACUGCAGAGAGCACAUCGAGAAAAGUCAACCUUGAAGAGAAAGAAGAGACGGUUACUCUGCUACAGAUUCAGCGAAUGGUGCAACAGGCAUUCCUGAUGUGCAAGGCUGAGGCAUAGAGAAAUGGGCUGCAGUAUCCCAGAUACUGUAAACCGCAU